GGGAAUGGCUAGUGUACGUACCCAACCCAAUUUCCAACAUACUCGAAGCCGCGAGACCCGUCCUAGACAGUUGACGCCAAUAGGACUUGUGACUUUACAGAAGCUUCACACGUAGCUCCUGGGACACGACGUAUUUCAAGACUGGACCAGAUGGAGGACCAAGUACAAAGACUUGUCGACAAGGCCUGGACGCGGUUCCAGGCGGUCCCGCCAGACCAGCGGCUCAUGAUUGCGAUAUCGGGAAUCCCUGGUUCUGGCAAGACGACACUUUCACAGACGGUCACCAAUGCCCUGAACCAGAAGCAUCAGUCGCAACACCCUGGCUCCAAGCCUGUGGCCGCCUUCUGCCCCAUGGACGGCUACCAUCUGACGCGAGAACAGCUCUCGGCCAUGCCAGAUCCGGUCAACGCACACGCGCGGCGCGGAGCGGAGUUCACGUUUGACGGGCACGCGUUUCUGGCCCUGGUCAAGGCCCUGAGAGCCAGGAGCACCAUCUACGCGCCUAGUUUCGACCACGCGGUCAAGGAUCCAAAAGAGAACGACAUCCCUCUGCGGGCCCACCACCGCAUCGUCGUGUUCGAGGGCAACUACGUGUGCCUGAACAAGGAGCCGUGGCGCGAGGCCGCGGGUCUCAUGGACGAGCGGUGGUUCGUCGAGGUUGACUUUGCCGUGGCCCGCAGCCGGCUCGUCAAGAGGCAUGUCAAGGCUGGGAUCGCGGCGGAUGAGAUCGAGGCUGGGAAGAGAGCUGAUGAGAACGACCUGGUGAACGGGAGGGAAAUCGUGGACAACAAGGUUGAUAUUGAUGAGGUGGUCUACAGUCGGGAAGAUGCGGGGUGGAAGCAUGAAUGAGGCUUCCAGAUGUCGUGGCAAUCUAGUAUGGUAUACAAAUAAGAAAUAUGUAUGGGAGACCUUCCGGCUCAGACGGCAACAUUGUGCUUCAAGUCUUUAAUUAUGGGAGUCUGUUGAGCCCAGGCUCUGGAGUACCAAUCUCGGAAUUUUCGAUCGAC